CUCUUGCUACUGUCCUAAAAUAUAUUACUUGCAGCAAAAGGAAAACCACUACAACGGGUGCUCCCAUUUGUUAGUUCGGCAAUGGACGUCGAAUCUGGCUACGGAGCUCAGAGGGUGAAAGCCGAUGGGGUGCAAGCUUGUCAUUGGAACCGAGUUAAGGGCAUUCCUAAGACGGCCAAGGAUAAGGUUGUCGAGGUCGGAAGUAGCAUAAGGAAGCUAGGACAGGAUGACCCAAGACGAGUGAUCCACUCGCUCAAGGUCGGGUUGGCCCUCACCCUGGUCUCCCUCGUGUACUACAUCAGGCCUUUCUAUGACGGAUACGGUCUCUCGGGAAUGUGGGCUGUGCUGACUGUAGUUGUUGUCUUUGAAUUUACUGUUGGUGGAACCCUAAGCAGAGGAAUAAAUAGAGGAUGCGCGACUUUGCUAGCUGGAACUUUAGGAGUCGGGUCUCAACACUUGGCAUGUCUUUUUGGAAAGGAAGGAGAACCCAUCGUCCUCGGCAUCCUUGUUUUCUUUCUAGGUGCAGCAGCCACAUUCACACGAUUCUUCCCAAGGAUAAAGGCGAGGUAUGACUAUGGCGUCCUUAUAUUCAUACUGACGUACAGCAUGGUGGCUGUUUCGGGCUAUCGAGUGGAGGAUCUCCUGCUGCUUGCCCACCAGAGGCUAUCGACCGUUCUAAUUGGAGGAGCAAUAUGCAUAAUCGUGUCCAUUUUCGUGUGCCCAGUGUGGGCCGGUGAAGACCUCCACAAGCUCAUCGCUGGCAACAUCGACAAGCUCGCAGACUACCUAGAAGGGUUUGGAGGAGAAUAUUUUCAAUGUGAGGAUGAUGAAAUCAAGUCUAAGAGUGACAAGACAUGUCUUCAACGACAUAAGAGUAUCCUAACUUCGAAGAACACUGAAGAAACCUUGGCGAAUUUGGCGAGAUGGGAACCGUGUCAUGGCCGAUUCGGGUUCCGCCACCCAUGGAAGCAAUAUCUGAAGAUCGGGGCCCUCGCCCGACAAUGUGCCUAUCAGAUCGAAACCCUCAAUGGAUAUGUUUGCUCUGACAUCCAAGCGCCAGAAGCAUUCAAGAACGAACUUCAAGCUCCAUGCAUGAAGGUUAGUUCUGAAAUAAGCAAGGCUCUGAAGAUGUGCGCGUCUGCUAUCAAGCUAAUGACCGAUCCAUCCCCUGCAAUCUUCCACGUCGAGAGCUCGAAAUCUGCAGUUGAAGAGCUGAAGUCUGCUCUCAACGAGAUACCAGUCGAGGAUAGUAUGGACCUCCUUGAAAUCGUCCCAACUGCCACAGUGGCUUCGGUGCUGAUCUGCGUGGCCGAGUGUGUAGAAGAGAUCUCCGAGGCAGUCCUCGAGCUGUCGCACCUGGCCCACUUCAAGGAGGCUGAGAAAGCAACGGUUUCCCCAGAGAAUAAGCCAUCCCAGCUGCUCCACCGGGGAGUCGUGAACCCGGUGGUCGAUGGCGGAAACGGGACGGACUGCGUGGUGAUUGAGGUGCCCAAGCUGGCAGAUUGUUCUGCUGGGACGGCUGGUGGGAACCCUCGGGCACCGAAAUCCAACCCGAGCCCACCAUUGAAGUCGUAAAUAGUUUUCCAUGUUUUCCCGAACGUGUAAUGUUUUUUUAAUUUUGCACGUCCACCAUGUAUUUUGCGCUACCCGAUUUGUACCAAAGGGUGAUAUAUUUAAUUUUUGGGGGAUGAAAA